AGCGAAAUCGGCUACACCAGGACGGCGCCAAACCACCGCUUUUUUCCGACACCAUCUGAGUAGCUCCAGACGACUGCCACCUGGUGAGUCAGCUCUCCCUGUAUGAUAUCGUCCACACCGUUGAGACCAGGGCCCAGGCCACCAGCUACGCCGGCCCAUAGCAACUUCUGCAAGCUCUGAAGGGGAGUGAAGCUGUCCUCAUUCCUGCUAGAGUGCCCAGGAAGCCCGGGAUGACCUCUUUGAUACCAACGCCUCCAUCGUGGCCACUCGCUAACCUCACGAGGCGUAUCCAAGACGCAGGCACUGAGGUGGUGAAGGCAAAGGCUGGGGCAGGCUCUGCCACCCUCUCCAUGGCGUAUGCAGGGGCUAGGUUCGCCGUGUCCCUGCUGGAUGCCAUGAAUGGCAAAGAAGGGGUCAUCGAAUGUGCAUUCGUCAGGUCAGAGGAAGGCGAAUGCACAUAUUGCUCCACCCCUCUCCUCCUCGGCAGACACGGAGUGGAAAGAAACCUGGGCCUUGGCAAGCUCUCCGCCUUGGAGACCAAGCUGGUGGCGGAAGCACUGGAUGAGCUGAAGGCCUCCAUUAAGAAGGGGGAGGACUUUGCGAGGGCGCCAACAAUUUAAUGCUGCCUCUUCUGGAUGAAGAA